AUGCAUCACAAGAAGUCCGAAAUUCAGAUCGGGAAAGAUAGUAGUGGUGUCUCUUCCGAUUUCAAUCCUACACCAAAAAUACACAGCCAUUCCCCGAAGGCCGGUUUCUACUCGAACCAACGUUGCAUUGGAUCUUUGGCUCGAUCAACAAGUUCCCCGCCAUCUUCUUUUUUAUCGUUACAACUGUCUUCUGAACGUAUUAAAUAUUUAGAAAAUGAUCCCACGACUCGUAAUGAAGAACAUAAGAUAGUUAUCCACGAAAGCGAUGUUGGCAUACCAACCCCCAGAUCAACACCUCAUAAACGGUCCGGUUUCUCGCAAACGACGACAAAUGGACGUUGUGAGAAUACAUUUAAGUCGAAAAGUAAUUACACCAAGCGGUUUUGUGAGACCAAAUGUAGGGUGACCCAACUAGUGAAUCGUUUGCAUUACCUACGUCGUUUGCGUACUCAUAUUCGUUUGAUCUUGUUACUCGCGCUCCCCUUUUUUUACUUCUUGGUGUCCCACCCUAGUCGUUCGUUUUUUCUAGAUUUUUUAUCUGCAUUUGCGUUCUCAGCUGCGUUGUUGUUAUCUCUAAAUCUAGCCCUUCCCCGUCUUCCUUCUAUCAGACUGUUUCUAGCAAAAUCUUUCCCUCUUAAGAUUUUGUUGCCUGAAAAGGUUUCAAGAUCAACGUUACCUGUGUUGUGGUCUAUUGGGUCAAGGACAAAAAAUGAGCACGAGUUGAAUUUUCACUCUGGGUGUUGGGUUCAAACAUACAACAAUGGUGAUGUGUAUGAGGGUGAAUUUCACAAGGGAAAGUGCUCUGGUUGUGGAGUGUAUUAUUAUCAUAUGAGUGGGAGAUAUGAAGGUGACUGGGUUGAUGGGAAGUAUGAUGGUUAUGGUGUUGAGACGUGGUCGAGGGGAAGCCGGUAUCGGGGGCAAUAUCGAAACGGGUUGAGACAAGGGUUUGGUGUAUAUAGGUUUUACACUGGAGAUGUUUAUGCAGGGGAAUGGUCAAAUGGGCAGAGCCAUGGAUGUGGUGCUCAUACUUGUGAAGAUGGGAGUAGAUAUGUUGGUGAAUUCAAGUGGGGUCUUAAACAUGGUCUUGGUCAUUACCAUUUCAGGAAUGGGGAUACAUAUGCUGGAGAAUACUUCGGAGACAAAAUGCACGGGUUUGGAGUUUACAGUUUUUCAAAUGGGCACAGAUAUGAAGGAUCCUGGCACGAAGGAAGAAGGCAAGGGCUUGGUAUGUACACUUUCAGAAAUGGUGAAACCCAGUCUGGUCAUUGGGACAAUGGGAUCCUCAAUAUCCCAAGCUCUCAUAGUGCAACACAUCCUGUAUCAUCUGUUGCUGUCUAUCAUUCAAGAGUUCUUAAUGCAGUCCAGGAAGCACGAAGAGCAGCAGAAAAAGCAUAUGAUGUAGCAAAAGUGGACGAAAGAGUUAACAGGGCAGUGGCAGCCGCCAAUAGGUCAGCCAAUGCAGCUAGAGUUGCUGCUGUUAAGGCAGCACAGAAAAAACACCCAAACAGAAGUAACUAUGGUGAUGUUCCUAACAUAUAUCACCUGGCUAACUAACUGUUUCCACCUGUCAAAUCAGUAAAAUGAAUAGGGAAGCACACCUGUAGAAACAGUGUUAUCUAGGCCAGUUUUCUGGUUUCUGGUUUAUGGGUAUUUAGAGGUUUUGAUCAGCUUCAGUUUAGCUCCAUAUUUCAGUGCUAGUGCAUAGGUAAUGACAGAAACCUAGCUGGCCUUGUAUGUAUACUAACAACUUAUCAAAAGUAGCUGAUGCCUUAGUUCGGUUUUUUUCAGCAUAUUUCAAGAGCCUUGUAUCUUUCAUAAACUAGAUCAAUCAUUUCA